AUGGGUUUGCUACACUACUGCACGCUCGAACCCUCCGCCGAGGGCGGACUCGCGGCCAUUCGGUUCUCGGCUGCUGUACGCGUCCACACCAUAAGGAUAUUUCCUACGGACUGCAAGCCAUUUGUGAAGUGCCCAGAUGUUGUCAGUCGCACAGAGCCGCAGGAGUUCUUCCUUCAGGUGUACUUCAACGCACAUCCAGUAGCAAAUCCUAACGCGACGGAGAAGCCAAAACCUUCCAAUGUGCUUGUCCCGACAUCUCUUGCGUACACCGGCGGUCAGAGAGACUUCGUGGUUAACAUGGGUCCUGAGUCCGCUACGCGUCUUAUGAUCAUCAAAGGUGCUUUCGAGUCAAUCUCUAUGGCUAUCUACGGAGAGGUGGCCUCGGAACUGCCUGCUGCUCCCAAGACGUACGAGCCUCGUCCACUCCCCUCUCUCAGCUCCUCUCCGCUGCCGCCCGCUCUUGAUCCCGCCAACUCCCGCGACCCAACACAACUAGCGCGAAAACUUCUGAAGCUCAUACCGGACGCCCCUGAUCUUGAACUAGCCAUCCGUCUGCUCUUUUGCCUCAAGCCUCACAACGACGAGUGGGACCUUCCCGAAUUCCCUCACAUACAUUCUGAUCUAGACGAGGACGUACCGGAGUUCGACUUGGAGAAAGCACUUGAUAUGACAAAACGCCCAGUGUCUGAUGACAUAUCCUCUGAAGUCGUGUCCCGCUUCGCCGAGAAGGUUGCGGGCUGCAUCAACGACCAGGACACUAGCCAAGCCUUCCUUGUUGCGGGGUUGAUAUGCAAUUCCGCAUCUCAACAUCCUGCGCUGGCUACUAGCUUGUUGGAUGCAAUCGAUCUGCGUGCAAUAUUCGGCCGCAGUGCCUUGGAAGAUGAAAUGACUCUGAAGAAGUUACUAUAUGCGGCGGCCAACCCCGACAUCUCAAGACGGCUCAACGCAGACUGGUUUCAUGAACUGCUUAGGGUUGUCUCUGUCGACCCGAACAACGAACGCAAAUUGCGCAAAGAUGCCAAGAAGCUUUCUACGAGGAUCUGUGGAUGGACAACCCUUGAAGACACCUUCUCCAACACACAAGGCGACUUCAUAGCUGCUGCUGGCCUCAUGAAGGACAUUGGGACUGAGGAACAGUCUUUUGGUAUCUGGCUGGAGUCAAUGGUCUCUCAUCAGGAUUUGGUCGCCGGGCUUGCGGAAAAUCCUGUGGUCCCCGUCACACUACCUCGGCUGUUCUCCUCUCGAGCACCGGGCAACCCCCCUUCCCAAGACGAGUUCAUUGCGUUCACCAGGGCCUUUAUCGGAGUCGCUUCUGUGCUCGCUGUUUAUUCUUGGUCAGACAGCCUACCGGACCCUCCCUGCCGUUCACGCAUAUUCGGCAUCUUAAGGUUUUGGCAGAACGCGGAAGGUUACCGAGAGAUUCUCAACCAUUUACUCAUGCUGCGGCAGAUGGCGUUCCGAUUGGAAUGCAUGAUCAACUGUGAUCCUCCAGACCAGGCAGCGAUUGACACCGAACACAUUCUUGUCGACCUCGCACGGGAACCGAGCAAUUUCCUCAUCUCAAACUUUACCAAUUGCAUCAUGAAAGUCAAGAAGCCUACAACCUUCAUCACGGAAGAGGAAAGGAAAGCAUUGUAUCACGCCGCCGACCUCGCUCAGGACGAGUUCUACGCCGUCGCUGCGAAACUCUCAGAGCCAAUACAGCGGCCUCCCACCUAUGAAUCCCUUCGACUCCUACGAGUUUCGCUGGCCUACAUGUCAUGGGAACUUGAUGAAGACGACGAAUCAGAGGUCCUGGAUCAGUUCUGGGAUGAGGCAGGCUGCAGCUUCGUGACUAUCCUAUGCGACUUACUGGGUCCUAUCGCUGAAGAAAUUCGUACGAGGUUCUCUAUCCGCCAUCCACCUCCCCCGAGGCAGCAAGAAGUGCUCGCACAACUCUUCGCCACAGCAGACGACCUCCAGCGACUCCUCCUACGCCUCGUCCCCAACCAUCCUCUCCCUUCGCGUCUUCUGCGUACCUUGACAACCGACGCGGCGGACGUGUUCGCAUGCACAGAUGCCGCAGAGAUGCAGUACUCUCAAUCGCCUCUUGUCGUGUUGGCAUCACAAGAGGCGCGUCGCACCUGCAUCGACCUCGUUCGUGGGCUCGCCGAACAGCACGCGGGGUCCUCGGACGCCAAACCGAGCGCACAAACCGUGCUACGCGUCCUGCUGCAUCAUGGGUUACAUAGCGACCUCGAUCCGACGCACCGUCUCAUCCAAGUCUUCUGGCUCCUCAACUACGUACUUCCACCCCAGGAAUGCACAGAUCCCCAGCGGACGUUCUGGGUCCAGCGCGUCAUCCCCAGCCUUCUUCACGAAUUGUCCUCGUUCUGUCGAACGCUCGACACGGAGAACAAGGUGUACUUCUUCAAGCGCCUAGCAGACCUGGACCAGGGCGUCAUCGGGAUUGGAGAAUGGUUGCUGAUGGAGGAAAUUAAAGACAUCUCGACCGCCGUUCAAGCCCUCGCAGACGACAGCUUGUCGGAGCCGAGAAGUCUGGUCAUACAAGCUCAAGUGUCGCUAUUCUUCCGGUUCCUCCGAGACCUCAUGCAAGCCUCAUCAACAGCUUGGGUCCUCGACGGACUGACAUCCUCAGAAGACGCCCAUCACCUUCUCGCAACAUCUCUCAUUGCCAUUCUGGAGCUUGCCCUCACGCCUCCUCACGUCGGCGAGAUUGCAGAAGAGCUUUCUAGCGGCUACGAAGGUUUCGACAACCCAAUGCGCCUGGCUAUUGUUCUCUGCCUCUGGCGCUCGCUCCAAACGUCCACAGCGGAUCCCUCAGCCCUCGAGCGGUGCCUCGGCACGUCCAUAACCAUAAUCAAGACCAUCACUCCAUCGUACAUGAACCCCUUCAUUGUCACGGGCGAGAUCGGACGACUACUCCUCCACCUCGCGGAGAAUCCCGUCUCGGUGGACGAUGUCACCGCGGACUCGCUCGUCUCCCUCCUCGAGUGGAUGGCCGGAACCUCCAACACCAUCCCUCGAAUGGCCGAGCUCCGCACCGUCCCAUCCGACACCUUCAUCUCCUUCCGCGAGACCCUCAACGCCGCGUUGCCCCCCGAGUUCACCGAACGACUCGACACCGUCUCCCGCCGACUUGUCUUCGCCUCGGGGGACGUCAAGCCGGCCCUACCCUCCACGGUGCUCCCGGACGCUGUCGCACUCUCCAUGCACGCCCUCGACGGGCUGCUCCGACAAGCGACGCCCGCGCCGACGACGCCACCGUCGGCGCGCCGCGCGCUCAACCAGGACGUCUUCGCGCUCGUGACGGUCUCGCCCCCGACGCUCCUGCGCAGCCCGGCGGCGACGGGGCUGACGAAGACGUACCUGAACAACGACUUCCGGCAGCUCCGCCAGGCCUCGGCGCGCGCGAACACAAGCAGGCUCCCGAGCAUGCAUGUGGACGUAGGUGUCGCGCUGGCCGCGUGA